CCCAAACUUUGAUUUCUUUUCGAAAUUCUCCAACUGACAACCGAGGAUGCCCGUUAUCUCACACAAUCUCACUGUUUCCUUCCACAACUGCUCCACUUCAACAUUUUACAGCAGAUUCGCAUUUCAAAAUCCCAAUCAAUAUGUCAAAGUCCGGCCAUUUCCUCGAAUAUAUUGUGCUAAGAAAGCCAAAAGGACCGGGAAGUUGAGGUACCCAUCGGAGAAAAAGAAGUUGAGAGAAAAGAAACAGACUAAAAGCGACGCACCGACACCCCUAGAAGGUGUUUGGAGAAUUUCCCGACUCGCAGUUUCGGUUCAAGAUGACCCUGGGAAAGAUUUCUGGGAUAUCUCUGAGCCUCUGCUUAGAGAGAUUGCCAAGAUUCUUGAAUUUCCGGUCUCCUCAAUGUUGCCACUGGAAGCGUUCACCGUGGUUAGAAAAUCGUUUGAUGCAAGAAAGCUGCAGAAGGAGCCAAAGUUUGUAUAUACUGUAGAUAUGGAUGUUCAUAAGCUCCUUCACCUUGAACCUCGUACUUGGGAGUUCAUUUCGGAAUUGGAACCAAAGAAUGGGUGUCUGGAGUUUCUGCAUUUUGACAAGACUUUUGGUGACUUAUCGAGUAUUAUACGCCAAUGUCAAAAGAUAAAAGAAAGUGCAACAUCUGCAGAAGUUGUUCACAGCAAUCAUAUUACGGGUUCUGACAACUUCUCUGCAACCAGAAAACCUAGAGUAGUAGUUGUUGGUAGUGGUCCGUCUGGUUUGUUUGCUUCUCUUGUGCUUGCUGAAGUUGGUGCAGAUGUUACCCUCAUAGAAAGGGGGGAAGCUGUUGAACAAAGAGGACGGGACAUUGGUGCUCUGAUAGUCCGUCGAAUGUUGCAAGUGGAAAGCAAUUUUUGCUUUGGAGAGGGUGGUGCAGGUACUUGGAGUGACGGGAAACUGGUUACAAGGACCGGAAGAAAUAACAGUAGUGUCUUAACAGUUUUGAACACAUUGGUUAACUUUGGAGCCCCACGUUGUAUAUUGGUUGAUGGGAAACCUCAUCUUGGAACUGACAGAUUGAUUCCGCUACUUAAAAAUUUUCGCCAAUACCUGCAAGAAUUGGGUGUAACCAUUAGAUUUGGGAUGAGAGUGGAUGAUCUGCUGGUCAAUGGUGAAACUGUUUCAGGUGUUAAAAUCUCCGAUUCAAGAGGCAGCUUCGAUUCUAGUUCGCAGAACUUGGGAUGUGAUGCCAUAGUUCUUGCAGUAGGCCAUUCUGCACGCGACACUUAUCAAAUGCUUCUUUCUCAUAAUGUGAAUGUGGUUCAUAAGGAUUUUGCUGUUGGCUUGCGGGUGGAGCAUCCUCAAGAAUUGAUAAAUGAUAUACAGUAUUCUGGAUUAGCCAAUGAGGUUCAACGUGGGCGUGGGAAAGUACCAGUAGCUGAUUACCAGGUUGCUCGGUAUGUUGAAGGAACAGAUACAAGCAUACUCUCGAAUAUGGAGCCAGUAACUCGUAGUUGUUAUUCCUUUUGCAUGUGCCCUGGUGGCCAGGUGGUUCUUACCAGCACUGAUCCAUCUGAACUUUGUAUCAAUGGCAUGUCAUUUUCUCGACGUUCAUCUAGGUGGGCAAAUGCAGCACUAGUAGUAAACGUGUCGUCAAAAGAUUUUGAAGAUUUAAACCUGACUGGGCCUCUUGCAGGGGUAGAGUUCCAGAGAACAUUUGAGCGGAAAGCGGCUAUGAUGGGUGGGGGUGACUUUGUGGUUCCAGUUCAAACAGUUACUGAUUUCCUCGAUAACAGAUUGCUAACAACAUCUUUACCACCAUCCAGUUAUAGAUUGGGGGUAAAGCCUGCAAAUCUUCAUGAGCUGUACCCCCUUCAUAUCACUGAAGCUUUGCAACGAGCGAUUUCAAUGUUCAACGAAGAGCUGCCCGGGUUCAUCUCCAGCAGCGCGCUUCUACAUGGAGUUGAGACGAGAACUAGUUCUCCCAUCCAAAUCACGCGCAGAAGUGAUACUUGGGAGAGCACGUCGCUCAAAGGGCUGUACCCAGUUGGUGAGGGGGCUGGGUACGCCGGUGGAAUAGUGAGUGCCGCUGUAGAUGGGAUGCACGCCGGAUUCGCGGUGGCACGGAAUCUAGGCCUCUACGACAGCAGCUUGGAUUCAGUUGUGGGUAAGGCUCAGAGUGUUGGAUUUGUCAAAUAUUAAUUCUUGAUCACUUUUUCAAUUAACUGUUGAGUUAAUCGAUUAGUACCCAAUCUAUAGAAAAUUCCACACAUUUAUUCUUAAA